CUUUUUUCAUUCGCAUGCUGGGUCCGGCUUUCGGUUACGCCUUGGCCUCCUUCUCUGUCAACAUGUUCGUCUCUCCGACACUGACCUCGACGAUUACAAAGGCCGAUCCUCGCUGGAUUGGCGCCUGGUGGUUUGGCUGGUUCUUCCUUGGCAUUGUGCUCUUCUUCUUCGCUUCUCUGAUUUCUCUCUUUCCACGACAACUGCCUCGCGCUGCUGAGAGACGAAGAUUGGCGGCGCUGAAGAGGAAGGAGGAGAAAUCACCUGACGAUCUGACAGAGGACAAUCGACCGGCGAGUUUUGAGGACAUGAAGAUAACGCUCAAACGCCUAUUCAGCAAUAAGAUCUUCAUGAUGAACAACUACGCCAGCAUCUUUUACUUCUUCGGCUUCACUCCAUAUUGGAUCUUCACGCCGAAGUACAUGGAAUCGCAGUACCAACAGACGGCUUCGGAUUCGAAUCUGUACACGGGAAGCGUGGCGUUCGCCUUCACCGCCAUUGGGAUCCUGACGUCGGGCUUCGUGGUGUCACGGUACAAGCCAAGUGCCAGGAAGAUGGCAGCGUGGAAUUGCAUUGUGGGCGCCAUCACCACCCUCGGCUACUUGAGCUACACCCAAAUUGGCUGUGCGGCAAAUGACAAUGCCGUGGUGAUGAAUGAGAACCCCCUCGAUGGCACCCUCACGUCCUGCAACUCCGACUGCCACUGCGACUAUGUGAAAUAUGCUCCGGUCUGCGGGGAGGACAAGCAUACGUACAUUUCCGCCUGUCACGCCGGCUGUGCGGGCCAAAUUGACAUCGGCACCAAUGCCACUGGCAAGCUCUUCACCAACUGCAGCUGCAUCGCCAGCCUCGCGAAUGGGACGCUGGAGGGCGGCUUUGGGGGCACCGCAACGCCCGGAGCGUGUCCGGUGGACUGCAAGAGGGAGUUUCACAUGUUCCUCAUCGUUAUGUGCAUCCUGAAAUUGCUCGGCUCCACGGGCAUGGCCACAAACUUCCUCAUCACCAUCAGAUGCAUCGCCGAGAAGGACAAGACCAUCUCUCUGGGCAUCUCCUUCACCAUCACCAGUCUCUUCGCCUUCAUUCCCAGUCCCAUCGUGUUCGGGGCGAUUAUGGACAGCACUUGCAUUCUCUGGGGAAAAACGUGCUCCGGCACAGGCAAUUGCUGGCGCUACGACGGACCAUCCCUCAGGUAUUUCUUGAACACCGUCACCAGUCUCAGCAUCGCAAUCGCUGUCAUCUUCGACCUGAUUGUCUGGUAUCUCGUGAAGGAUCUCGUGGUGUUCGACGAGAAGGAUGAAAUCAAAGACACCGAGCAGGAGAAGAAGAAACCGAAUGCCUGAAAUAUUACACCGUGUGUAUGUGAGAAAUAAAGUUCUAAAAACUAUAAGGAUAGAAAGAAAUGGGGAAAAAGGUGUUGAAAAGCGCUGCUUUGCACGCAGAAUAUCCCCUGCAUACAUUCUGGCAUGUAACAAUGGCACGGAGGGAAGUUCAAUAAACUCUCUUCUCAUGUACACAAGUUCGCACAUAUGCGGAGAGCUGCAGAACUCACCAGCGAAACAGGCAAGAUUAGGUGUCAAUGUUUCGAGGGAAAGUUUCUAUGCAGCCGAAGAA